AUGUACUCACAGUGGGUGAAGGACAACUUCAGUCAGCGAUACAAGACGUUUCAGCAGUUUGACCUGUCGAAACGUGUGCGCCACUAUGUUGUCGACCUGGAAAUCCUUGAAGAGUUCAGUGGUUUGGGAGACAAGUGUGACUUUGAGAACAACGCCUUGCAGACCUUGGCGGUUCUCCAAAACUUUCACAGUCUCGGAAAAAUCAUCGCUGGACUUGUGGGCACCUACGACACGAACUUGCUGGCGCAGAUUUUCAUGGCUGCAUGCCGACAUUUGGCCAGAAGCUCAGGCAAUGUUCCUCUUGUCAGAGACCCCAGCACACCGGACGAGCCACCGUUGCCAGACUGGGCUUUCACCAAGCACAUGCCAUCAACGAUCGAUCGAAUGAAGACAGAGAUUGGUGGUGGAGCUUUCGUGGCCAAGAUCUUCCGGACGUCUUCCCGCCCACAGCAGUCCACAGAUGAGCAGAUUGUGGAUGUGUCUGACUUGCUUGUUCCAAAAAAGAAGAAGCGAGUGGCUGCGAAGAGCAAGGCUAAGGCUAAAGCCAAACAGACACAGGAUGACCGGGAAGAUGCAGAAGCCGUUGUCGCAGACGUUGAACAGGCAGGAGGAUGCACUCGAAAGCGAUGGUGGAUCGACGAUGUCAUUGCAUCGCUCGUGCACGCGGCAGGUGAUCUGGACACGCUCAUGGACCCGGCGCAUCGCAGUGCUUUGAAGCAAGCACUGGGCAUUGCAGUUGAGCUGGUGUUCCACGGGUCUGUCAUUGUCAACGGGGGCAAGCCAAAGAGGGUGUGGUCACAGGUACGCCCCCUGGUGCAAGAUGCAAUCCGGAAAGGCAUCGCGCGGUCCAGAUCAGUCAUGGCUACGUCCACCAGAGAUGGUGUUGCUGCCAUGGCAAGUGAAUGUGCCCGUGAGUCGCUCACGGCAGGAGCGUCGAACCCGGGGGAGAGGUCGGUGGCGUUGUUCAUGACUGAGAAGAGUGCUGAGGCUGUCAGAAAGUGGCUGGCUGCGAAUGGAUCCAAGAAUCAUGCAGAGCACUCGGCUUUCUGCACGGCCAUGAACAAGUUGAGCAGCAAGCUUUGCAAGUGUCGUCGCGACACAACUGCUUGUCCAAUUCACUCCGGAGCGAGCGUGACCAUCCCUGAUCUUGUCUGGUGGAGUGCUGAUGCCAUCUACGAGAGUGUGCCAUGCGCUGUGCCAACAUUUGCAGUCGCCUUGGCAGUCAGGUUCGCAAAAUCCCAGCAGCCUCAACCCAGCUCAUGCUCGUCAAUCACAGCUGCAGAACCACUUCCUGCAUUCUGCCAGUUCUUGUGUUGCAAGGAUGCUACGCCUGCCGCACAGACAGGAACCGCCGCCACAGACGCAGAUGCUGCUGAAGCAGAUGUUGUGAUGGUUCCCAACAAUGCAGCGCUGGAAGCGCUGACGGCAAUGCGGCCCGCAUACUUGCUCACAAUGAUUCCCAAAGUGCUUGGGGCACUGUCACAGAAUCCGACACGGAAGUGCCGCUUCGCGGACUGUCAAGCACAGAGUCUCCAAUCUGCUUGCAACGCGUUGCUGAAGAUAAUGGAACCGGCCAAUGCCGUCAAGGGUGACAGUGACUUGCCGGUGUCCACGCAGCUGGAGAUGUUGCUCGCGACAAUGGUGGCAGACGAAACAGAUUGGGCAACCGGGUGGAGCAAGCUUUUGACAAAGACCAUAGGGUUGGAGAUGGGGUCAGCAGGCCCUGAAGAAUUUCAGAGCAGAUUGUCAGCUCUGACUGUGGGUGAUCUCGGCUUAGAUGUGCCAGCAAAGUUCAAGUACAUGCUUGGCCGACCAGACCAACCAUCCGUGAAAGAUGAGGUUCUCAGUCCUGGACCACGAACAAAAGGCGAUGCACACCCCGGCGCUGCUUCAGAGCCAUUUGCGUGUGGCGGUUCUCUUGUUCGCUUGUCCGACGUCUAUGUCUUUACUGGCGAUGUGCCGUUCAACGUCUUGGAUGUGUUGAGCAUCCAGAUGCAGAUUUCAACGCACUUGUACGCCAAGGCGUUUCCUGCUUAG